UAUGAAAUAGUUUAUAUUACUUAACUAAACAAUUUAAGUAUGUUACUUUCAUACAUUUUAUCCAAGUAUCAAGUAUCGAUCAACAUCGCUAUUUACGAUAUCACAGUGUGUAUGUAACAAAAUAUACAGAACACAAGGAAUAUAUUAAGUAAUUGUCGGCUUUCCAUUGACAGCUACAUAAAAAAAUGCCAAGUACAAUUGGUGAUAUAGAACAUUAUUUCAAAUAACAAGAAAUUAAUCACCUACAAAGAAAAACAUUAAUUUUUCCUUUCAAAAAUAAAACAUUAACCUAAUUCCUAAUCAGCUAAUGAAUUACACAUUCACCAGUAUUUUUCCACCAUUCACAACAAGUAUAAUAGCAUUAUUAGCAACAACCGUAUCAACUGCUACACUUGGUGGUAAUAUUGUAGUAUUAAUUGCAUUUUUUGUUGAACGUUCAUUACGUAUACCAAGUAAUUAUUUUAUAGCAUCAUUAGCUAUGACUGAUGUAUUAAUUGGUUUAUUUUCUAUGAAUUUAUUUAUUACAUAUCAAUUACUUGGUUAUUGGCCAUUAGGUCAUUUAAUUUGUGAUUUAUGGUUAUCAUUAGAUUUUUCAGCAUGUCUUACAAGUCAAUAUACUGUAUUUUUAAUUACAUUAGAUCGAUUUUGUUUAGUGAAAAUACCAGCAAAAUAUCGUAAUUGGCGAACAUAUAAUAAGGUACGAAUAAUGAUUUGUAUAAGUUGGAUAUUUCCAGCAACAUUAUUCACAUUACUUAUAUUUGGUUGGUCAUAUAUAACUGGUGAAACACAACGUGAUAUAACUAAAUGUGAUGUAUCAUUUACAUAUUAUCCAAUAUUUAAUACAACAUUAACUAUAGGGUAUUUUUGGAUUACAUUAAUUAUUAUGUGUAGUUUAUAUGUUGGUAUUUAUAAAGUAGCACGUAGAUUACAAAAAAAAUCAUUAGAAAGUAAUAAACGUUUAGUACAAUUUUUAACAAAAGUUGAUCAAGAUUCAAUACAUUCACAAAGUAAUCAAAAUUCAUUAGAUGAUAAUAAUAAUAAUGGCGGUAAUAAUGAUCGGAAACAUUCCAAAUCAAAAGUUAUUAAAGAAAAUAUGAAACGAUAUCGUGAUCGAACAAAUAAACAUUUUUAUUAUGAACCUAAAUCAAAUUACAAUCAAUCAUUUGAUGAUGUAAUGGAUUGUAAUUUUACAUUCAAUAAAAAGUGUAAAUAUGAUCCAAUUCAACGAAAUUUAUUGACAGCGGUUGAUGAUCAUCCACAUAACUCAUUAAAAGAAUCACAUUUCAUAGAAAUUAAUUCAAAAAGUAAUUAUCCUAUAAAAAACAAUACAAAUAAAUGUCAUUUGGAAUAUGGAAGUGAAACUAGUGGUUGUUCAACAUUUCAUCCAACAAAUAAUAAUAGUACUGAAAGUAAAACUCAAUUAUCAUCAAUCAUUGAAAGAUCUCAGUUACUUUCAACUAUAGAUGUAUCAAAAAAAUAUGAAGAUAUAACAUUUAAAAUUUCUAAAAAUGAAUCUUUAUCUUCUAUAUCUGAUGAAUAUUUCUCAUUACCAUCUGUAAAUUUUUAUAUACCAUCACCAAAAGUUCCUAUAUCAUCACCAAUUCAAAGUAAUCAAUCAAUAUCUUCAAAAUAUAUAGAAUCAGAUAAUAGUUCCCCGGUAUGGAUUAAAAAAGAUGCUUGUUAUGAUUCUGGUUUAAAUUUAUAUGUAUAUGAUAUAUGUCCACAAUUAAUGAAAUGUCAAACAUUUAUUCAUGAAGGAAAUAUUUGUCAAAAUAGUAUCUAUUUAUCGGAUUCAAUCUCUUGGAAUCAAUGUAUUCAAUCAUGUUGUCUGUUAGAAAAAUGUGAAUAUUCAGAUUAUACAACAUCAAGUGAUGAUCCCAGUUCAACAUUAUAUAAUCAAUCAAUAAUUAAUGAUCAUUGGUGUCUACGUUUUAUGAAUAAAUGGAAUAAAUCUAAACGUGAUCGAACUAUUAAAUCACCUUGUGUAUUCAAUCAAAUAAAACAUAAUUCAUUAUUAUGGUAUAAAUCUAAUGAUAAAUCAUAUUUAACUGAAUAUCAACCUAAUUCUAAUGUUAAUACUGAUCAAGAAAUAUGUCCAUUUUGUCAAAUAAAUAAAGAUAAUAAUAAUAAUAAGUUUAUUCAGGAAGAUAAAUCAAAACAAAAAUCUGGAUUGCAACUAAUAGUAGAACAGAUCAAAUUCAAAGUUCAAUAUUGUUGUUGUUGUUGUUGUAUUCUAUCAUCAAAACAUGUAAAUAUUCCUUUAAAUAAUAAUCCAAUACAAAUUCAAUCAAAUAGUACAACCAAUAAUAGUAAAACUAUACAUAGUAAUGAUAAUAGUGAUAAUGAUUGUGUAACACAAUAUAAUCAAUUAAAAAUUAAACAUAAUAAAUUAUCAAUUAAAGAUAAAUAUAAACAACAAAUUAAUUCACAAAUACAACAACAACAACAAUUACAACAUAGAAAAUCAUCAAUAACAACGAAUAAACGACAAACAACCUUUUCAAUAUUUCAAUCAUUAUCUAAUAUUGAUAUGCAAAAUCGUAAACAUGCAUGUAAAGCAUUAAAAACAAUUAGUCUUAUAUUAGGCGCAUUUAUGAUAUGUUGGACACCAUAUCAUAUAAUUGUAUUAAUUAAAGGAUUUUGUGAUGAUAUUAAUACGCAUAAUAGUUGUGUAAAUAUUCAUUUAUAUAAUCUUUCUUAUUGGUUAUGUUAUAUGAAUUCACCAAUUAAUCCAUUCUGUUAUGCAUUAUCCAAUGUUUCAUUUAGGCGAACAUUUUUUCGAAUAUUACGAUGUGAUUUCCAAAAAAGAUAAAAAAAUUUAUUGAAUGUUCUCCUUUUUUUGUUGUUGUUUUAAACAAUCAUUGUUUAUGUAUUGUGUACACUUUUUUUAAAAAAGAAUGUAAUCAUAAACCAGCUAUCGAUAUUUG